GCCGCGCCGGGCAGGGCGCGCCCGCGGAGCGCACGGAGGGACCCGCAGCGCUGCCCAGGUAGGGUCUGGGACAGACACAGGGACAGCGGGCACCCCGGGGGACACGGCGCUGCGGGGCCACCCCUGGGCUGGUGACGCUUCUUCGGAGCAGGGUCCCCACCCUUACCCCAGGUAGGGGACAGGAGACAUCUCCAGAGGCUGAAGUCAGCAGUGUGCCCAUCCCACAGCGAUUUCCCCACUGCAGAGGAUGUGGGGAUGCCUGUGAGCAGGAUUUAGGGGAGCGGAGCUGCCCUGCGCUGAGUACGGAGUGCUGCACGAGAGUGGGCAACUCACCCCACAGCCCAUGUCCAGCCCCUCUGCUGUUUCCGCGAUGCUGCCCAGGAAAGCGGAGAAGAGGAUGGCUUCAUCCGUCUUCAUCACCCUGGCAUCCCCACGGAGGGAGGCGGCCCCCAGGGAGCACCCCCACGCAGGGGUGGCACCAUCUGUCCCUGAGACCACCCCUCGCCCCCAGAUGACCCCGGCGCUGCCCAACGGAGAAAUCUGCGCUCGGUCCCCAGCAGUGCCUUCAUCCCCACCUGCUCUCAUCCUCUCCGAAGCACCCCAGCCCCUCUCUGUGGAGGCACUGGCUCCAGCACUGCAGCAGCUGGACCUCGCGGCACCCGCCACGCUGCAGGCUCCUUUCCCCUUCCCUGCUGAACUGAGGCCACCCCAAGUUUGCCAGGAGCAAGCAGACAAGCCGCAGUGGCGGGAUGCAAACGGGCACCUGGAGAGGGACAGUUCCCGAGACAUCUGCGCCUUCUGCCACAAAGCCGUGGGCCCACGGGAGCCAACGGUGGAGGCGAUGCGGAAGCAGUAUCACGCCGACUGCUUCACCUGCCGGACCUGCCAGCGACGCCUGGCUGGCCAGCGCUACUACCAGAGGGACGGCCGCCCCACCUGCGAUGCCUGCUACCAGGCCACGCUGGAGAAAUGCGCCAAGUGCCAGGGGCUGAUCACAGAGCGCAUCGUGCGUGCCAUGGGCAAGGGCUUCCACCCCGGCUGCUUUGCCUGCGCUGCCUGCGGCCGGGCCAUCGGUGCCGAGAGCUUUGCGGUGGACGAGCAGGGCAAGGUGUACUGCGUGGCCGACUUCUACAGGAAAUUUGCCCCAGUGUGUGGUGCCUGCAAGCGCCCCAUCAUCCCUGAUGAGGACACCUACAAGAUUGAGUGCCUGGGACGUAGCUUCCACGAGAGCUGCUACCGCUGUGAGAGCUGCGGGACGCCGCUGUCUCCAGAGCCGACAGAGGACGGGUGCUACCCGCUGGGCCACCACCUCCUCUGCAAAGCCUGCCACAUCUGCCGGCGGAACGAGUCGUGCUGCUGAACCACCAGCCCUGAGACAGGGACACAC